UCGAUGUCAUCGAUAGCGCGCACUAGGAAAAACGCAUUUUUCGUAAAACGUGAGAAUUUAUUUGAAUUUCUCAGCCAAAACACAUCCAAUAUAGGCAAACAAUGGCUCGUUCUGAGGUGGAGACCAAACCAAAACCCAAGGGCAAAAAGCGCAAGCACGAGAGAGCAGCAGCUGCCGCAAAUAAUAUCAGCGACGACGAGGUGGCCAACAAAAGUUUGAUUGUGGAACCAGAAAUGGAGGAACAGACGCCACCAGCAGGCAAACGUAAACUGAAGGCAGAUGAGGCAUUGGUCAAGCAAAAGCGCCCUAAAAAGUCAGCAGCUGACGCCGAUGAGGAGGAGAAUAAUCCAGAGAUCAGUCCCCGCAAGGCUGCCAAGCGCAAGCAGCGCGAGGAGGCGGCUGCUACCAAGGAGAAACGCAGCAAGGAAGCGGGCGACGAUGAUGAGGAAAACGAGGAGAGCCUGCCCACAGAUGAACAACUGAAGGAGGCCUCCAAGCCCGAGAACACCAAAGCCGUCGUAACCGUGCGCCAGAAGAAGAAACAGAAGCAUCAGCAGCGUCUCGAGGCGCAAAAGGAUCAGAGCUCCAACAAGGAGGCCAAACGCAACGAAGAGUACCUGCUGCAGUGGAAAAACUCCCGGGCGGAGUGGAAAUUCGUAAAGUUACGCCAGAUAUCCAUACAGCAGACGGCCUUCGAUGAGGAGAAGCUCGCUGGUGAGCUCUGGGACAUAGCACUGGAGUACUUGGCCAGCAGUCAGGGUGCAGCGCGUGCCAAGAUCAGCAAACUGGCCGAAGAGAUCAUCGAGAAGCUGGACAAAGAGGGCGAAAAGUUAGAGGACGAAACAGAGCGCCAGAAACUGAUAGAAUCCACGCGCUACCAGCGGGCACGCGAUCUGCUGCAGAGCUUCGAUUGAGCGUGUCGCAACUUUAUAUUGUUAAUGUUUUACUCUAGAAUUUAAUAAAAGUCUCUUUCUAUAGUGUAAUUUACAAGUC